AUGUUGUCGAGAAACGGCGCACGGUCUCUCUUGAGGAGACGAGGGCUUGGUAGUCCCAGCACGGCACGAAAGACGUUCUCAUCAGGGACUCCCCGCUAUGCUGCUGCCGAGAAGCAAAUCACAACGGGGACCGCAACCCAGAGCUCAAAGACCAGCGGUGGCACCCUCGGCAUCGCUGCGGUAGCCGGGGUCCUUGGCUGGGGUGUCGCAACAAUAACAAAUUCUGGGGACGACUCCAAGAUCAAUUCGCUCCAGGUCAAACUGGACGCGAAGCCAGAGCGAUAUGCCACUUUGCCCGAGAUGGAGAGGGCAAUCAAAAAGAUCACUGAGGAACUCGGUAACAAGGACAUCAUCUCAACGGACCCAGAGGACCUCCAUGCUCACGGCUACUCGGCUUGGUCGACAGUGAAUCCGGAUAAUCUUCCGGUUGCCGUAGCAUACCCCCGUACAACUGAGCAAGUCUCAACCAUUGCCCGCAUCUGCUAUGAGCACAAGGUUCCAAUCAUCCCCUACUCGGGCGGCUCCAGCCUCGAGGGAAACUUUUCUGCUCCUUAUGGAGGCGUGAGUGUGGAUUUUGCCUACAUGGAUCGAAUCCUCCAGCUCAAUAAGGAUGAUAUGGAUAUUGUUGUCCAGCCCAGCAUUGGCUGGCAAGAUCUUAACCAAAAGCUACUUGCAAUGGAGAGCGGUCUAUUCUUUCCCGUGGAUCCUGGCCCGAGUGCAAAGAUUGGUGGGAUGAUUGGCACCAAUUGCUCUGGAACCAAUGCCGUACGGUAUGGAACCAUGAAAGAUUGGGUGGUCAACUUGACGGUGGUUCUGGCCGAUGGGCGCAUCAUCAAGACUCGGCGGAGACCAAGGAAAUCGUCCGCCGGUUACAACCUCAACAGUCUGUUUGUAGGAUCCGAGGGCACUUUGGGGCUUGUGACGGAAGCGACUCUGAAAUUGGCAAUUAUCCCAGAAGACCAGUCAAUUGCAGUUGUCCCCUUCCCAAGCAUCCGGGACGCUGCGGCAGCGGCCGCAGGCGUUAUGCAAGCGGGCAUUCCUGUUGCUGCACUGGAGAUCAUGGACGAGGUUCAGAUGAAGGUUGUCAACUUGGGAGGCGCGACUGCGCCUCGGGUCUGGGAAGAGGCCCCGACACUCUUCUUGAAGUUUUCGGGAACCAAGCUCGCGGUUCAAGAACACAUCACGCUGGUGCAGGCUAUUGCCCAGGCAAACAAAGGAGGCAAGUUUGAGUUCGCCAAGGAUGCGGAGGAGCAGAAGCUUCUGUGGUCGGCAAGAAAAGAGUCUCUCUGGUCGAUGAUGGCUCUGAGGAAGGAUGGCGAGGAUGUCUGGAGCACGGAUGUGGCCGUCCCAUUCAGCCGACUUGCUGAUAUCAUCGAGGUGAGUAAAAAGGAGAUGGAUGACCUGGGGUUGUUUGCCAGUAUUCUCGGUCACAUUGGCGAUGGAAACUUCCACGAAAGCAUCAUGUACAACGGCCGCGAUAAGGCAGAGAGAGCCAAGGUUGAGGCGUGCGUCAAGAACAUGGUCAAGCGAGCACUAAACAUGGAGGGCACCUGCACCGGCGAGCAUUCGAUCGGCUGGGGGAAGAAGGAGAGUUUACUGUGGGAGGUCGGGCCCGAAACGUUGGAUGUGAUGAGGACUAUCAAGAAGUCCUUGGAUCCGCUCUGGAUCAUGAACCCGGGAAAGAUUAUGGAUGUGCCAUGGAUGGAGGCGGACGAUGCCAAUGAGAAGCCUUUGUCAAGGGCCGAAGACGUGGGAGUGACCCCGAUUCUUUUAUCGGGAAGUCAUCAAAGCGCGAGAUUGAGUGGAUGA